ACUGUUUUUUGCUGCAGUGAACGGCAGCCGUAGAGAGCGAGCGAGGGGAGAGAUAAACACAGAGAGUACAGAAGAGAAAGAGAGAGAGGGGAAGAAAAAGGCAAGGAAAAACAAAGAGUCAGCAGACAGAAGAAGGAGAUAUAAAAAAAGAAAAAAGUCGAUAAAAGCCGAUUUGAAGAGGAAGCUCCGGACAAGCGACUGCUGCGCAUCAAAGGAGGGACCUUAUUGGGGACCUUAUUGGAGACCAGCGCCAGUAAAAACCGGACUCCGGAGGCGGAAUAUCACGGUGACACUCCAGAGCUCCUCUGCCCCCCCCCCCCCCUCCUGAGGAUUCAGCGAGACAGGCGGAUCUGCGCGCCCGACCAUGGCCUUCCCAUCAGCCCCCUCCGCAUUAUGGAGUGUCAGCUUAUUGACAGUACUAUUCGCGGCUGCGGUUCACAGCAACAAUGUCUACGAAGAGGACCCUUUGCAGCCAGUGACCUCAGAUGAAACGGUGUCUGUGGGGGGCACGGUGACACUGACCUGCCACGUGCCUGAGAGCGACAACUCCUCGCUGCAGUGGUCCAACACUGCGCAACAGACCCUGUACUUUGGAGAGAAGAGAGCGCUUCGAGAUAACCGCAUCCAGCUGCACCGCUCGACAUCCACCGAGCUCUCCAUCACCAUCGGGGACGUGCAGCUGUCCGACGAGGGCGAGUACACCUGCUCCAUCUUCACCAUGCCGGUCCGCACCGCCCGAGCCACCGUCACCGUGCUGGGUGUGCCCGGUAAACCUCAGAUCUCAGGCUUUGAGAAUGCGGUGCCCGAGGGGGGCAAAGUCACCCUGACCUGCACCAGCACGGGCAGCAAACCCCCCGCCAGGCUGCGCUGGUUCCGAGGAACCCUGGAGCUGGAAGGACGUCCAGACGUGGUGGAGUCCGUUCCAGAUGAUCCCACAUACAACGUGAGCAGCGAGCUCGACCUGGAGGUGAGUCGCAGCGACGACAACGCCCUCAUCACCUGCGCCGUCAACCAUCCCUCCCUGGCCCUGGGGGACAAGAGGAGCGAGCAGGCCCUGCGGGUGCUGUAUCGUCCUAACGUGCAGAUUUCGCCUGGGAGCGAUCUACCCAGAGAGGGAGAGAAGUUUCAUCUUGAGUGUAAGGGGAACGGCAAUCCCGAGCCCUCCUCCUACGUGUGGGAGAAGAAGGAUGGAGAGCUCCCUCCACUGGCCAAGGCCGACGGUGCUUUGUUGCGCUUCGAGAUGCUCAACAAAACAGAUGAUGGCGUCUACCUCUGCAACGCUGACAACGGCAUCGGCAGCGGCCUGGGGGAGUACACACUCCACGUGCAAGAUCCUAUGGACCUAGACUCCCUGGAAACCACCUCCCCUUCCUUUGGCUCUCCAACUGAUACAUCUUUACCGCCUACUUCCCCCUCCUCUUCCCCCACCUUCCUCCCAUCCUCCUCUCCCCCUGAUAUCUUGUCUGGCUCCGGCUCUGAUCCCACCUUCACCUCGUCUUCACCACCUGACCUCACCUCCACCUCCUCCCCUGACACCUCCCCCGAGUCCUCCCCUUCCCCUUCCCCUUCCCUUUCUACUUCCCUUUCCCUUUCUUCUUCCCUUUCCCCUUCCCCCUCUCCUUCUCCAACCACUUCUCCUUCUUCUCCCUCCCCUUCCUCCAUCCCAACCACGUCUGAUGAGUUGACAACCAUCCCCGAAAUCUCCACCACACCCACCACCGCCACCCCCCUCUCCAACGUCCUCUUCCCCGACCUUACAUUCUCCCCCGACUCCACCUCGACCUCUUCUUCUCCUACUUCCUCCGCAAGCACCACUCCCUCUGCUGCAACUCGCUCCGACUCCCCCCUCGCCUCCUCCCUUACUCCCUCAGUUUCCGUCCAGCUGAAUGGAGGUAACACUAUCACAGAUGCUGCAGACAACAUGCCAGACCCCACGGCCAUGUCGACAACUUCGGGCGUGGACCACGCGGUGAUCGGAGGGGUGGUGGCUGUGAUCGUCUUCAUCCUGCUCUGCCUCCUCAUCGUCCUCGGCAGAUACCUCAUCAGACACAAAGGAACGUAUCUGACCCACGAGGCCAAGGGCUCGGACGAUGCUCCCGAUGCGGACACGGCCAUAAUCAACGCGGAAGGAGGCCAUUCUGGAGCAGAGGACAAGAAGGAGUACUUCAUUUAGACGGAGGGGAGAAAAAAAAAAGGAGGAGGGGAAAGAUGGAGGACGUGGAGGAGAGGAGAGGAGAAGAGAGGGGGAAGGAGCGAAGGGAAAUAAGAAAAAAACCUCCAUUUGUUUUCACGACGCUUCAGUUCUUCACUCGGUUGGAGGGUUGAGGGGAGGGGAGGGCAGGGGGAGGGAAAGAACUGUGGGCACGAUCGAGCGACGAGUCGAGCUUCAACUGGUACUACCCUCUUUGCAUUGAUACAGGGAAGUGAGAUUUGCACUGACAUACGGACGAACUGAAGUCACACACUCCAACACACACACACACACACACACAAGUCAUUUGUGGGAGGGGGGGGGGGGGUGAUAUCUUCUCCCACAGACUUGAACAAACACGAGCCUCCUACUAACAUGUCUGAAUGAAUCAUCAACACAUUUUUACACGAGCAUCACGUCCCAUUUCUAACUUGUCAGCGCCUCGGAAAAAAAAAAAGAAAAGCAAAAAUUGUAACUCACAUUCCGGUUUCCUGAGCUGAUAUUUCACUUGUCACGCCUCCUCCUCAACAUUUAAACCUUAAACCAGCUCUGUCUUUCCACAUGUACCCAUUCCCCUCCAUCUAACAAGGCAGUAUCCCUCUGUAAACAUCCCCGUGGUAGAGAAAUCCAUCCAAAGCAUAUUAUGACUGACAAACGUAAUCUCCCUCCCUCUCGCCGUUUAAUCUUUUUAUACCAUCAAACCUCUUUUCCUCCGAGUCCUCGCAGACCCCCAACCCCCCCUCCCCCCCGAUACGACGCCGUCGAAUUUCCCACAGCGCAGCAACCCAUACAACAUGCAACAACACAAAUAGCAUUCCCGCCUUGUGCUACCAAGCUGAGGGGCUCCAGUAUACAUAUAUAAAUAUAUAUAUAUAGAAUUAUAUAGCAUUCUUUUUACUUGACAGAAAAUGUUUGGUGUGCUGUAAAUACACAAUCUCUCUCUUUCUGUCUCUCCUUCUCUUCUCUCUCUCGCUCUCUCUCUCUCUCUCUCUCUCACACAGUCUGUUACUGCAGUACAGUAACUUAUAUACUCGAAAAAAAAAGAAAAAAAAAAAGAGAAGCCUGCCUGUUUUUAUUACAUGCGUGGAAAUGCAGAGUCGAAACUAUCAAUAUCUGGGGGAGAAAAAAUAUGAAAAUACCGACGAUGAACUAACCUUAACCGCAAAUAAUUUGUAUGAGGAACGUUCUUGUUUUGUUGAUUUCUUUCUUCAUUUGGGGACUUAACGAGAGAUUUUUUUUCUCUCUCCUCGGUGUCUCAGUGUGUUACCGUUCCAGUGUUAACAGUUUACAGUGUCCGUCUCUUUGUCAGUCUAGGAGUCCAUCAAUCUGAUUUAUAACUUGAAUUUUCAGUUUUUCGAAAUACACGUUUGGUUUAUUUCGUAAUCCUUUUUUUUUUUUUUUUGCGCAACCUUCAGUGCCGACCAUUUUUCAUCCAACCAUGUCUGCUCCCCAAACACUAAACUGUAGCAAAACCUCGUUCGAACAUUGUUUCAAAAAGGGUGUCAAAAGUGUUUGUCGGAGUCUUAAGCCACUGGGGGGGGGGGGGGCCAACAAUGCCGAACAUUGACUCGGCUGUUUUUUUUUUUCUCCCCGCAGCAGACUUGUCUGUCUUUGGCGAGGCCACCUGGCGCUAGUUCAUCAAGCAGUGACAUCAUGGCUUCCUCUAUAAAGCGCUGGCACGGUCCACUGCUCCGGGGAGGUGAUAAUGCAAACUUUGCUUUCAACAGCAGCGCCAAACCGGAACGCCUACUUGCAUUACGACAAAACGUCCUAGCAAAAAAAUAUUUAAAAAGAAUUCCUUUCUGUAUUUGUUUCUUUCACAGUGAGCAGGGGAUCAUUCUCCAGCUUAACAAAAAGGUUCCCAUAAAGAAAGGGCGUUUUAUUGAGGGUGGGAGUUAACUUUGGCACUGGUGAGCUCCACUUGGCCCGGUCAUGGAAAUUGAUUGCAAUCUAACUAAGAGGCUCUGGGCUCCAGACUGUUCACAUGCCAACGUUUGGCUUGGUGGGCAUGGAGCCGAGCCGGAGUCUGGCUGCACUAACACUGAACAAAGUCGUUUAGGAACUUAAACGUCCUUUUUUUUUUUCUCCUCCUCCUCCCUCCCUCCUCUGCUUCACUCGUCCACUUCUUCUCAUUCUUUAAUCAAUCAUCCUGUCUGCGUCCUGAUCCACCUUCACCCUGCCUCUCCCCUCCUCAUCACUCCGUCUUCCCUCCUCUCUCUCUCUCUCCAUCUCUGAUCGAUGUCUGAUUCUCAUGCUGGUCUCGCUCUCAAUCAGGAGUCCACGUAAACAUACAGUAGAAGUAGAGCCUGUAGGUUUGUUUGCGCGUGCUAACGGCUCUCUGCGACACUUUUUCCAAGUGUUCAUAGGAGAGGAAUCCAUUUGCUGUUGUCCGUCGACCCGUAGACAGUUAAGUCUGUGAUAGUUUUUGUACAACCUUUUAUUUUUAUUUUUGGGGAAUGUUCAGGGAUUGUGCUUUUCUGUACCUUUCCCUGCAUUGUUGCUAACCUAGCUAGCUAGCUGCUUGGAAGUCAAGCAGCCUGGUUAGUGUGUCUAUAAGCUAGCUAAACUUCUAAAGGGUAAUGUGACCUGAAGCAAGGGUCGGCUGUUUUUGAUCCUUUUUAUUUACUUUGGAGGAAUGUGGGUUGGCUGUGUAAGCCGACGCUGCUGUAAACUUGGCUACAAAACAGUGUUUUGAAUUCCGCCGGAGGCUAUUUGGACGUGAACUCGACAGCUUUAAACAAACUUGAGAUGAAUAGUUGGAAGAAAUUAGAGCAGCGCUUACCCUGUUGUUUAGCGCUGCGACAGCUUUAACGGCGUUCAUGUCUGCAGACCAGAGGACGGGCUUCGUCUCAGAGGGGUGACUCGUCCCCCUUCGAAGAGAAAUCUUUGAUUUGUAUUUAACCCCGGUCUAAUCCUGCGAAUGGAGAAAAAGGAAAAACCUGCCUCAUACUCAACAAAGUGUAGUGUCUUUUUCAAAACUAAUGGACCUGUAUUUGCCUGUAACUUAUCGUCCUGUCCUUCGUCUUAGUUAAUGUGCUAGCAUGUAGCUUGCAUGAGAAACGGUUGGAAAUGUAGAUAGUGUCGGAGAAGAUGAGAAGUGCCGACGAGCGCCCUCUCCCGAGACGAGAGUGGCGGCCGGGCCCCGGCUGACCUCCCUGCUGUUCUCUGAUCUGCAGACAUCGGGCCGUGACCCAGUUAGACCCACGAGUACAACCCCUCAAAGCUACGGUGCUUGGACUAACACGAUGAAAAGUGGCGAAGAAGUAGGACUCCUUCUGCUUUUUUUUUUCCUCCCAGCCACUGCUAUAUUAAAGCUAAGUCGGGGUAAAGUGGCGUUAAAUUGGGACAUGCAGUCAGCCUAAUUCAUAUUUCAUUGCAUCAGUGCGGUAUUGACGAGCUGUCACCACAUUCUAGCAAACAGCGGAGUGUUUUUUUUCUUCUCUCCCUUAAUUCAGUCAGUCCGAGCUGUCCUGCCCCAACACUUAACCUUCACCGCCAUCUCUUCAGGCAGUCGCACACCACCUGCCACUCAUCUCUCCUUUUUCUAGUAAACAAAUUGAUUUUUAAAUUAUGGUUUUUAAGAGGUGUGCAUCGUCUUUUUUCGUUCAGUUCAUAAUUAUGUUUUUUUUUUCUCUUUUCUUUUAAAAAAACAAAAAUUGAUUUCCCAAAACUUGAAGUUAGUACUUUUAUUUCGGCGUAUUUGAUUGUUUCAGCAACCACUUUGAUAUAAUUUCAUGUAUAUACUGUAGUGUUGCCUUUACUCUUUCAAGCGCACCCGUACACACUUUGCACACACACACUUUGGGUACAUACACAUCCACACACAUAUCUGGAUAUGCACGCAGGCAUGAUGUCUGUGACUAUGGUGUAUUUGUUCAUAUGUGUGUGUAUGUGUGUUUGUGUAUGAGUGUGAGGUGUGUAUUAAUUGACCCAAACAGACUCCGGAGACACUCUUUGUGUGUGUUGCGUUCACAAGAAAAACUCCUUUUUUAUUUCGACGACUAAAACCACGUGUCUGUUUUUAGGAAUUAUUAUUUUGGAUGAAAAGUCUUCCUUUUGAAUAAAUAUCCAUAUCAUAUGAGAACAGUGCUGUCAUGUAUGUCAAUUUGUACUAUGGCUGAUGAUGUCAUCAAGACGAGUCCUGACCGCAUGCUGUGGUGGGUUUGCGUCUGUUGACUGGUAUGUUCAUACAGAAUUUGUUUGAUUUUAUUUUUGUGUUCAAAUACCAGUUCAGUUGUUGACUUCAAUAAACAUGCAUUUGGGUUAAUUUCA